AUGCUUUGGUUACUCUCAGCAACUAAGCUGGUUCCCGCCGUAGCAAGCUCCCGCUGCCUCUCAGGAUGCAUGUCGUGUUCUCAGCGAAGGUACUCCCUCCAGCCCAUCCCAGAGAGGAGAAUUCCAAACCGAUACUUGGGCCAGCCCAGCCCCUUUACACACCCACACCUCCUCAGACCAGGAGAGGUGACGCCAGGACUAUCUCAAGUGGAGUAUGCACUUCGCAGGCACAAACUAAUGUCUCUGAUCCACAAGGAAACACAAGGGCAGAGUGGGACAGACCAGACAGUGGUUCUGCUGUCCAACCCUACAUACUACAUGAGCAAUGAUAUCCCCUAUACUUUCCACCAAGACAACAAUUUCCUGUACCUGUGUGGAUUCCAAGAGCCCGAUAGCAUUCUUGUUCUUCAGAGCCUCCCUGGCAAGCAGUUACCAGCACAUAAGGCCAUGCUUUUUGUGCCUCGGAGAGACCCUAGUCGAGAACUUUGGGAUGGCCCACGAUCUGGCACCGAUGGAGCAAUAGCUUUAACAGGAGUGGAUGAAGCCUAUACACUGGAAGAAUUUCAACAUCUAGUACCAAAAUUGAAAGAUGAGACAAAUAUGGUCUGGUAUGACUGGAUGAGGCCCUCUCACGCACAGCUUCACUCUGACUACAUGCAGCAUCUGACUGAGGUCAAAGCCAGGAGCAAGAAUAAGGUUCGAGCUGUCCAGCAGCUGGUACAGCGCCUCCGGCUGAUCAAAUCUCCUGCAGAAAUUGAGAGAAUGCAGAUUGCUGGGAAGCUAACAUCACAGGCUUUCAUAGAGACCAUGUUUGCCAGUAAAGCUCCUGUGGAGGAAGGCUUUCUUUAUGCCAAGUUUGAAUUUGAAUGCCGGGCCCGUGGUGCAGACAUCUUGGCCUACCCGCCCGUGGUCGCUGGAGGUAAUCGGUCAAACACUUUGCAUUAUGUGAAGAAUAAUCAGCUCAUCAAGGAUGGGGAAAUGGUGCUGCUGGAUGGAGGUUGUGAGUCUUCUUGCUAUGUGAGUGACGUAACCCGUACCUGGCCUGUCAAUGGCAGGUUCACAGCACCUCAGGCAGAACUCUACGAAGCUGUUCUAGAGAUACAGAGAGACUGUCUGACCCUCUGCUCCCCUGGGACAAGCUUGGAGAACAUCUACAGCUUGAUGUUGACAAUGAUCGCACAGAAGCUUAAGGAGUUGGGGGUCGUGAAGAACAUUAAGGGAAAUAAUGCCCUCAAGGCUGCUCGAAAAUACUGCCCUCAUCAUGUCGGCCAUUACCUCGGGAUGGAUGUCCAUGACACUCCAGACAUGCCCCGUUCCCUCCCUCUCCAGCCCGGUAUGGUGAUCACAGUGGAGCCAGGCAUUUAUAUUCCAGAGGAUGACAGAGAUGCCCCAGAGAAGUUCCGUGGUCUUGGUGUGCGAAUUGAAGAUGAUGUAGUGGUGACUCAGGAUUCACCUCUCAUCCUUUCUGCAGAUUGCCCCAAAGAAAUGAAUGACAUUGAACAGAUAUGCAGAAGGGGCUCUUGACCCUCGUUGCAGCCCACGUGCAUCUCAGGUUUAGAGGGGGUGUAUGUCCGUACCUGUACACGUGUGCCGGCCAAGCGUCUCUGCGUAUGUUUCUCCAGUGUUCCAUUUAUGAGUGUGGCAACUGUAUGAAUGUAUGAAACUGUGUAUGUGAUCCUUAUUUGUUUUAAGUAGCUAGAAAUCUGGAAAACUGAAUUUCUGAACGGUAUGUUACUACAACUUUAGUGACAUUAACUCUGUACAAUUAAUGACCAAGGCAGGCUUAAUUUUUAAAUGUACAGGAAUAUCGUGGUUAUAUGUGUCCAUGCAUUCCAGUUAACACAAUUAAACAUACAAUUUUCUCCUUCUCUCCAGCUCUUUCCCUUUCUACAUCUGAGAUCUACCUAAUAUUGUAAGCUGUUGAUGAUGCUUAUAUUUUAAGCUAACCACCAGUGUGUCUGCCUGUACUAAAAGCCACCUGUCAGGGAUUGUGGGUAGCCAAUACAUAUCUUCCAUAACUGCUAUCCGUCUCUUCCAGAUCUCUGUCUGCUAUCCGUCUCUUCCAGAGCCAUAUGAGCCCUUGGGGGCACCGAUGUCCUGCAGUCCCACCGUUCAGCUCCAAUCCAGAUUCUAGCAACACUAACUAACAAGACAGUUUUGAGUUUUUCUUGCUAUUUGGUUGCCUGUGGCCUGGAAAGUGUUUAGAUCUUGAUGAUGGAAGGAACGGAAGAGAAAGAAAAGCGUGUAUGUAUCUGCUUCAGAGCUACAUCUCUUGUCUGUCUGUUCUCAAUCUGAAGGAGAUUCCUUUCCCAGGCAUCCAUGCUUUCUUUAUAGAUUCUUAGUGCACUGACCCUCAUAGCACACCCUUGAAGCUGCUGCCCUGGCCAAGGGCAGAUCCUCUCUUACCUGUUGGAAGUCAGAGGAACAGCACCCAAGUUUCAGAGAGAUGCCCGUUAUCAUGCUAGAGUGUGUCUAGUGCGAUAUAUGGAACUCACCCGGUACCUGCAAACAUGCUAUGAUCCUUUUGUCUCUCCGACACUAGCACUGGAAGGGCGGGAGUCAGGAGUCCUAUUUCCCUCAACACAGCACCGGCUGCGUUUAUACAGGAACUCACUUUGCAGAGCGAACGAGUCUAGAUUAUUCCAGACGGUUUAUGCAAGAGCUUCUGUCAUAGAACUAGUGUGUUCAUCUCCUUUAAACCUGGAUAUGGGCCCAAAACGUACAAAACAUGCUGAUGGUUAGAGCAUGAAUCCAAGGGAUUUUAAGGAAGAAACAGGUUAGGGGAUUAACACUCAAACAGCCGUGUUCUGACUUUGCUCAGCAGCUAUGGGAGUGGAUGGCCACACACCUGGAUUCUUGUCCCUGGGCCUCCCCAGGGUCCUCCCCACCUCCCUCCAACUUGUGUGCUACUUUCUAAAAGAAGGGACUGAAAAUAGAUCCGCAAGUCUAGCUUCUCACCCUCUAGGCUUCUGUGACCCCAACAACCCUUUCCUUUGUAUUGAGUUUCCUCAGUUCAUUUACAAUCCUGGAAUAAGGAAUUUCCUUUCCUUCCUAUAAAUCAUUUUCUGUGGUCUUCAGCUUUCUAGCAAAAAGUCUAUGUGGCUUUUAUGUAUAGCAGCACCCCUGGACAUGAAACAGACAGACUGCUUCAGCUUCGAUUCUAGUCAAGUUCUGCAGAUACUGUGAGUCCUGCUUAGAAUGGCUGUGGCAGAAUUCUUCUGGUGACUUUUAAUUCCCGAGCCAAGUACAUUGUCCUUUGAGUCCCAGAUUAACCUUAGUAGCUAAGUAUUAAAUGAGACUACUAGAACCAUCAAGAAAUGGAUGACACAGUGUUUCAGGGCUUCCUGACAUGUUGAGGGUUUUUUAAGCAGAUGUGAUGCACAGUGCAGAAAUCUCAUUCAUUCUUAGCCAUGCCACAGACAAGCCCUGCAUUUCCUCCAUGUCUAAGUAUAAUACUUCACAUAUGCACCAGGCUCUCCUAAUGGGAAUCUUAAUCUUUAGAAGUCCUUCUAAUGUUACACUGGGAUUUUUCUCCCUCAGUUGAAGAGAGAUGGUUGGGUCAUGAAUGAUGCCAUCUAAAUGAAGGAAGCAUAUCUUCAUAGCCUCUGCCGCUUACUUUUGUGUGUUUGUCUCAGAAAUUUGUGUUUUUCCUCAUAAUUGGGAAACAAGACUUUUUUAUUUGAAACACAGUAGUAGCAAUUGCUGGAGUAGAAACCCUUCUCUUCCCAUGGCCAUAAUAUCUAAGCUGGGAAUACUUCUCAUAGUGACUGAAAGUUCUCUCUGGGUCUUCUUUGAAAACACCCUUAUUUUUUCACUAAUCUUUGUAAAGUCAGAAAGGGAAAACUCCUACCAUAGACAUUAAAUCUUAAUUUGAAAUUAGGAUCCAUGAAAUAAGAAAAUCCCAGGUGAAGACACUGUAACUCAUUAAAAUUGAAGAAUUGGGCUGUGUUAUAUUUUUCAAAGCUGACAUAACUAACAUCAUCUUUAGCUUUCUUAAUAAUAGAAAGAUUGCAGAUCUGAUGCAGGAGUGCUGCCUUUUCUCCUUUAUCUGUGCCAGAGAUCACAAGUACAGCACAGGGAUUGCCCCGCCGCGCCAGCUGUGACCUCAGAGUCCUUUGUAACACUGUGUUUUCCAGUAACUGCUAGAAGAAAACAAAAGUGGGAUUUGAGUUAGACCUUGUCUGCCAUCCCUCAGCUGGCAUAUGAGCAAUGAUAGUAGAACUCGUUUGUGUAUGAGUGUGUCUUAGAAACUAAGUGAGGGCCCAGGAUGGGGGCAGCAUAAAGGACCCUGCUUGCAAGAGAUCUUUUAUGGUGUGGUUGAUUUUUUUAAAAUUUUAGUUUCCCGAGGUGGAAUCUGAGGCCUAAAACUUAAGCUGAUAGGGUUAAAUUUUAAUCCUGGGAAAAUGUAAACACUUCAGCUUAUAAUGAGAAGGUGAUACAUCAUUAAAUGCUAAUGUUUAGUUAGAGCAGAAGCCCAUUGUCACAUAGUACCAGGGUCCUCCUGGCUGCUCUUCUUACCUCUGCCUGUGUGUUACUGAGGAAUUUGGGGUGAGCAUCAGGACUGCUCAGAUUCCCACUGAAAUCAAGGCCUCUUGGGAUAUGCUUCCUGAGAAUCUGAGAGAACUGCAGUCUUCGUUAGCAUUUACUAAUACUUUGUAUGAUUUUUUGUGCAAUUAUGUAAGUUCAGUUUGGCCAAAACGCUGUUACUUUUUAAAGCUCUACCCACUGAAAGUAGGUAUGUCAUUCCCCAACAAGGGAAAAGCAUUUAUUACUAUCAUUUUAAAAAUAAAC